GGGGAGGGGAAAAGAAAAAAAAACACUCAUUGCAAGCUCUAGGGAGGUUAAAAAAAAAGGAAAAGAAAAGUGCCACGACUUCACCCAGUCAGCAGCGCGGCGACGCAGCUCAUCACCGGCGGCGCAUCGGGGCCGGCGCGGAGGGAGCCUCCAGGCAAAACGCUGCACCGCCUCCGCGAGACGCGAGGGAUUUUUUUCCAGCAUCGCCGCCCGAAAGAGCGUUUGCAAGAGACGUCAGGAAAAGUUCAGCGAAAGAUUAGGACAAGGAAAUUUAAAAAAUGGAUUUUUACGACCCUCAGACACUGAGCGUCAUGGUUUUUGGAGGAUUCAUGCUGGUUUCAGCCAUUGGGAUAUUUCUGGUGUCCACCUUUUCUAUGAAAGAGACGUCUUAUGAAGAAGCUUUGGCAAAGCAACGCAGGGAGCUGGAGAAAGCCAGCCAGCCCAAAGUAGAAAAGAAGAAAAAAGAGAAGCCUGCUGAGAAGAAAGGAAAGGCCAAAAAAAGGGAGGAGAAACCUAAUGGCCAAAUAGCUGAACCAGAACCAGAUGUGGAUGCUGCUCACAGUGCUAAAGAGGCGAAUCCUGAACCAGUCUUGGUUACUGAACCAGUUGUGCAGGCACCUGUUGGGUCACUUGCACCUCCUCCUCCUCCUCCUCUGGAGAAGGAAAAACUAACCCCUUCCCCUAAAGAGAAGAAAAAAAAGGAAAAGAAAGUGGUAAAGGAAGAGAUGCCUCCUAGCCUGGCCAUUUCGACUCCACCAGCUACUGUGUCAAAAGAUCUGAUUUCUGAUAUGGUUCCCAAAGAAAAGCCAGUAGCUGCUUUUCCUCAGCAGAAUGCUUCUUUCGCCAACUCCGUAGCUGUCAAAAACCAAGAAGCCCUUGGAAACCAAGAGGAACAAAAGCAAGAUGGGACAUCUAAGAAAAAGGCUGUUGCGAAGAAGAAGAGAGAAUCAACUACCACAGAUGUUGAAAGCAUGCUUUAUGUUCCAUACCAGACCUUAUGUUCCAUAAUCAACAGCAUGGCUUUUGGAGAAGGUGAAGCCCAGCAGCUGAUUGAAAUCCUAACUGAGAAAGCAGGAGGGGCUCAGGAUCCAUGGCUUAUGGCAACUCAGAAAAGUGACCCUCUUGCGGUGCUGAAACGACAGCUAGAAGAAAAAGAGAAACAGCUUGCAAUGGAGCAGGAAAAUGCAUCUGUUGCAAAAGCUAAACUGAGGGAACUUACAAAGGAACUUGCAGCUGAGAAGGCAAAGACCCUUGCCAUUGAGAACAAGUGGAAGGAGCAACAGCUGACGCAUGAGCAAGAGAUGUCCAGUGUACAAGCCCGGAUGCAAGCGAGUUACCAGGAUCACUUGACAGAGAUGCAGCAGCUGCAAGGAAAGAUUCGAACUCUACAAGAACAGCUGGAAAAUGGCCCCAAUACACAGCUUGCUCGCUUGCAGCAAGAAAAUUCCAUUCUGAGAGAUGCUCUAAACCAAGCCACAAGCCAGACUGAGAGCAAACAAAAUGCUGAACUCGCCAAACUGCGCCAGGAAUGCAGCAGACUAAGCAAAGAGUUGACUGAAAAGCUGGAGGUGUUACAGCAGGUAGAAGAGCAGAAAAAGGCACUGGAGACAAAAGCUACUGCCUGUGAAGAGCAAAUCUGCCAGCUCCAGAUAUCCCAGAAGGAAAGAGAAGUCCCACUACAGAAGAGGUUGGAUGAGAUUAGUGAAGAACUCCACAAAUCCCAGGCUAGCUGUCAGAGCUUGCAGAAAGAGCUGGAAAAGGCAAAAGAGCAGCAGCCCAGUUUAGCUGAACUCCAAUCUAAAUUGCAGGGCUCUGAAAUGGAGGUAAAAAGAAAGGGCGAGGAACUAAAUCUUUUGCAGAUGAAGUUGUCAGAAGUCACCUCCCAAAAUGUAGAGCUUACCGAAAGACUUAAAUCUACUGAAGCCCUCCUGGAGGCAAACCACAUGAGAGAAGAGGAAAAAAACAAAGCCGUGCAGGAAUCAAGCCAAAUAGAUGUCAGCUUGCUCCAGUUAAGACUGCAGGAAUCAUCUGCACAGGUCUCCACGUUAGAGAAGGAAGCUGCAGAACUGAAAGAUACAGUUGAACAGUUGAAAAGAAAAAACCAUGACCUGCAAGAAAAGAACCAGGAAGCAACAGAAGCUUUGAUUUCAGUAGAAAAGUCUUAUGAAGGAAAGUUGCUCUCUUCAGCUAAAUCAAAGGAGGCUUCAGAGCAACAGUUUGGAAUUAUUCAAGAACACACAAAGAAAGUGCUGUUGUCUCUCUUCCCACAGAUCCUUUUAGAUGAUCAAGAGAAUUAUGAUGAAUGGCUGCAGCAGUUUAAAGAGAAGGCUUUGGACACACUGCAGGAGAAGGCUGCAAAGUCAGAUAGUGGCACGGCAGUUUCUUUGAAAGAAGCUAAUGAGUCACUGAGCACACUACAAGCAGAAUGUGAUCAGUAUAGAACCAUUCUUGCACAGACGGAAGGGAUGCUCAAGGACUUGCAGAAGAGUGUGGAGAAGGAGGAACUGGUAUGGGAAGCAAAGCUGUCGGCAUCAGAAGAAGCGCUUAAGAAGUCUCAAGAUGAAAUGAAAUGUCUUCAGGAUGAUGUGGAGAAGUUCAAGAUGGAACUACAGAAAACAGAGAAGUUAAAAGAGUACACUUCUCUUUUGGAAGCACAGUUGGAAAAUCAUUUGGCAACUUCAGAUUCUGAACAUCAAAAUUACACAAAAGAAGUUGAACAUUUGAGAGAGCUGCUAUCUGAAUCCCAAAACAACCUGGAGGCAACAAAAAAAGAAGCACUAAAGCAAAGCCAGGAACUUGUGCAGGCAAAGGAUCUGGUGAACAACUUGCAGUCUGAACUAGGGAAGCUAAGACUUGCCGGAAGUACAUCUUCCUCUGCAAACGAGGAUGUUCUUCAACUCCAGAAAACACUAGACAAGGAGAAAAAGUUAACAAAGGACUUGGGAUGUGCGGCUACCAAAUUAAAAGAGCUUUUAAAGGUGACCCAAGAGCAGCUGGCUAAGGAAAGAGAAACAGUGACAAAGUUACAAGAACAGCUUCAGGAAAGGGGAGAAAAUGAAGACAAUGCCAAGGAAGGAACAUCUGUUUGACAAAUCCAGAAUCAAGGAUACGCUCUUCACCUUACUAAAUGCCUUAUACAUUCCUAAAAUAUGCACCUCUUUACUAUAGAGAGCAAAACAAGAGGAACAACACAGUAGACCAGAAAUGGCCUUAUUUUUUUUAAAGCAAUAAAGGUGAAAUAUACAGGAAUUCAAAGUAUACAUAGAACUGUGUGCUUGUGUGUGUAAAAGCUACAUUCUUUUAUUAAUUAAGAUUUCCAUGGUGUAAGCUCUGACCAAUGUGGAAUCUGAAGCUUUUCCCUCCAGUAGUAGAAUAUGGACAUACUCUGUGCACUUUGUUUAAUGUAAUUCUUUUCUCACUUCCAUGAGAGGUGGCGGAAGUAUGACAUGCAACUACAGUUUGCUUAUGGCUUGGCUUUGAUCUUCGGGGCAAAAGUAUUAUUGGAAUAGUGAUAAGUGGAUGGUAAAACUGUGAUUAUCAGUGCAAUUUAAGUUAGAAAGGAUUGCUAUGAAGCAUCAUAAUUUGGAGAAUUCUCAUGGGGAAUUUAAUCUUAUGAUUUUAGUAACUAUCAAAUGAUAAGCUGUGGAGCACUUAGCUGUACAAAAAUAUACAAGAAGCUGGACCAUAUCUUAUUUGAAUGGAAUACCUUCUAAGAGAAUCUGUAAUAGAGUUACAAGAACAGGAGAGUGUCUUCCUUCAAGUCAUACGUAAACCUUUUUAUACCACCUUCAGCUUUUAUCAGCAACAUUACACUGUGGCAAAUCAUACCCCAGAGCAUGUUCAACGCAAGAGGUUAAAAAGAUCUCAAGACAGGUAAUAGAUAGCCAUUCUUUAGCAGUGGCUGUGCCUUCCAGUCCACAAAACAGAAUUAAGAAAAUAGAGCUCUUGGAGGCUUUUAGUCCCAAAGUUAACACUUUCCCCCCACAACCACUAGAAUUUAGUGCUGUCAUCCUUUUUUCAAGCCUGGAUACCCAUAGGAGACAUGGCAUUAAGGUUUCAUCUUGAACUCUUCUUAGAUACAAGUUAACUGUAAAUUUCCACAUUAUAGAAUCUUAACAAAUGGCUGAUUUUCAUGUGCAACAAAAUCCACAUUAAUGAUAUGCUUUGGUUUUAGUUUUAUUAGAGGUGGGGAAUCAAUAUUUGAGGUAAACAGAAUUCUUGUCUG